UCAGGGCUGAGACCCCACUGCCAGCUCUCGCCAUGAAGCGGCCCAGGGCGCCCAGUGGCUCGGAUGGCGAGUCUGACGGAGCCAUUGACGUGGGUCGGGAGAGCGACCUCAGCCAGAUGGCCAGACCGCUGACCACCCCCAGCCCUUCGCAGAUGCAAGCCCGGAAGAAGCGCAGAGGGAUCAUAGAGAAACGGCGCCGAGACCGCAUCAACAGCAGCCUUUCCGAAUUGCGACGCUUGGUGCCCACGGCCUUUGAGAAACAGGGCUCCUCCAAGCUGGAGAAGGCUGAGGUCUUGCAGAUGACGGUGGAUCACUUGAAGAUGCUCCACGCCUCCGGUGGCACAGGGUCCUUCGAUGCCCGAGCCCUGGCUGUUGACUUCCGGAGCAUUGGUUUUCGGGAAUGUCUCACUGAGGUCAUCAGGUACCUGGGGGUCCUGGAAGGACCCAGCAGCCAUGCAGAUCCUGUCCGGAUUCGCCUUCUCUCCCACCUCAACAGCUAUGCAGCUGAGAUGGAGCCUUCCCCCACACCCACUGGGGCCCUGGCCUUCCCUGUGUGGCCCUGGUCCUUCCUCCAUAGCUGUCCAGGCUGGCCUUCCCUGAGCAGCCAGCUCGCCAUUCUGGGAAGAGUGCCUGGCCCUGUCCUCCCCAACGUCUCCUCUCCCACUUACCCCAUCUCUGCCCUCCGGUCCACACCAGUACACAGAAUGGCUGGUACCAUCCUGCCAGCCCGGAGGAAUCUGUUGCCUAGUCGAGGGGCAACUUCCACCCAGAGAGCCCAUCCUCCUGAAAGGCCAGCUGCCCCUCCCCCCACAGGCCCUGGUAGCAGGGCUGCCAGGAGCAACCAUGUGCUCUCUGUCCUGCCAUUGUCUUCCCCGACAACCCUUGGAGCUGGGAAGUCUGAUGACAGUCCGUCUCCUUUGGGGCCAACUGGGAGGCCACCAGCAGCGGUGCUCUGCCACUCCUGGGUCUCUGAAAUCACUGAAAUUGGGGCUUUCUGAGAUGACCCCCUACACCCAUCCCCUAGAAAUGGGGAGCGUUGCUAUUCUCCCCCAGGAGCUCUGAAAAUGGCGCCACCUUUUCUAGACCAGCUUCCAUACAAAGGCCUCUCUCCUCCCCCAUCAGAGCCCUCCCAGGCCCCUACUCACGACCCAUCCUGCUGCCUGCCUGUCUCCUGUCACCUUUUCAGAGCUCAGAACCUUAGUCUCAUUUCCCACAGGCACAGAUGAACUACAUGGUGCCUGUGACCCCUGAGGCACUGUGGACCCAAGACUCAUGGCCUUUGAGUCUGGAGUUGAAGCUUUAACCUAAAGGCUGCCAUGGAGGCAUAGGCUGCUCCCAUGAUGAGGUGGGACUCGCAGUCCUGAGGACUGGUGGGAUUCAGCCACCCCCAGGCCAACAGGAUGGAAUGUGCCAUCUGCUUCACUUCCUGAAGACAGAAUUGAAGCAGUGGCUGUUGAGCCUUCUCUGUGGCCCCUCCCAGAACAGGGAAGCACAGGACAAAUCUGCUCACCAAUCGGUUAAGGCCUGCAGCUACCAUCUUCCCAACUUCAGCCGCCCACAUGACUGACUACCCACUAAGGCUUGACAAGCCAGGCCAGGAGGAUUCCCCACAGCAGCGGAGCUCUGGCGGGAUGUCCCUACCACCAGGUCUCCACAGUGCUUCAGACAGGAACCAGGGCUGAGAGAGAACAGGAGUACUCUCUCUUGGGUACCGUCCUCUGGGACUGUGACCCUUCCCACAGGGUUCCGAGAGUUGACGACCUGUGGUCCUGAUGGUGGCACUCUAAGAAGCAUUCUCUUGGGAUUCGGCACCAGACAUCUGAGCCGCCUGGUUUGCAUCCGGCUCCCAGAACCCAGACUGCUGCCACAGCCAAGGGCUGUCAGGCGGGAUAAAAAUAACUUGGAGGAGGGGGAAUACAGGCAGAGGCGGUUGGACUCUUCAAGGUCAUGCAGCAGGUCGAGGGCCUGAGAGCCUGCUCGUCCACAUUUCACACAGCUGCCUCUGCUCAGAGGCCAGCUCACUCCCCAGCUCUGCCUCAGGCCACUUGCUUCUCUAAUGGGAAUAAACGGCCAGUGGACCAGCAGAGACUGAACUGACAUUUAGGGUCACCCUAUCAGGGGACAAAGUGUGGAAGCCUUUCUGUCCUCUUUGGUGAGCACUAGCUCCCCACAGUACCCCUGAGGACUGCCCAGUGUGCCAUCCAGGAACACCCUGGAUAAUGCCUGGCAAAACCAAGAUUGUGGGAAGCUGGAACUCCUGUUCACUGAUGCUGGGGGCCAUGCUGAUGAUUAUGAAAUACUUGCAAGGUUGUUCCAGAAAGCCCCCCAUCCUGGUCCCAGCCUUUGAUGGAACCGCGGUCGUCAGAGCUGUAGUAAGGAACAUGUGGGCACAAAAGGAGAGUCUACCAAACACUGGGAGCAUAAGGGUCAUUUCAGAUGGGGAGGGGGGUAGAAGAGUCAUGCAGGUUCCUGGGGCUGCGGAGAGGUGAUAGAAGUCCCUGGAUAUUAGGAUCUUACCACAGGCAUGCAGUUUGGCAGCUUCCUAGCCAGAGGCUCCGCGUUCACUCAUAGCUGAGCUGUGGGAAACACAUUUCCAUGUUGCAGGUACCUGGAAUGUAACGGAAAUACGGCAGAAGUGACCGAACCCUCUGAGCGUCCAUCCUGGUUGGCCUUGGGACAUUUUCCCGGGAGAGUGGGCAGGUGACGUCUCCCCACUCCUCGACACCCAGCUGAGUACUCAAAUCUCCUGUUUCUAGUCCCAAGCCUUUCUGGUGGCCCCAGCGCUCUCAUCCCACUGCAGGGAGCUGCAGACAAGCAAUAAAGAUGUUUAGUUCUGGAAACUUCCACCAACAAACUUCCACUUCUACUUCCUGGAUGUUUCUAGAGUCUCUGACCCAUAGCUCCAGGUCUGGCAAUGCCCCGUCUCCCCUAGAUUAUUGCCCCAGUUUCUUUGCUUUGCUCUGUCUGUACCAGUCAGUUCUCAGCAGCCAUGUGGUGUGUGCAGAGCACGCCAUAUCAACCCAGCCUGAAACCUAGACGCCACCCCUACCCCACACCCUGUUAUUCUAAUGACAAAAUCAGCUCUCUUUCUAAAUCCUAACCUGACUUCUGCCUUUGUUUCUUGCCGGCCCCAAACCUUCUCAGUGCUUAUGCUACACAGGCCUGGUCUCAUAUCCCCAGCAUUCCCAUCUUUAGAACUUAUGAGGUUCCCAGAAUGUUCCUCCCUUCCCUUGGCAUGACCUACUUCAGCUCCUCAGGCCUGGCCUUCCACAUCACCUCUCCUGGAGGCCUUCCGGGACUGAUGUGCUUGAAUAACUCAUUCAUCUCCAAAGUCCCAAUUGUUUCUCUUCAUGAAGAGUUUGCUAAUGCAUACCUGCUUGUGUGCUUGUUGGCUAGGUAUGUUCCCCACUGGAAUGUGAGCCCAAUGAGUCCAGGGGCCACACCUGGCUUGUGCUCACAUCUGUACCCAGCCCUGAGCACAACGCCUGCUCAUCAUCACUGGCCUAUGAACCUUUGCUGAAUAUAUAGAUGGAGGCAGUGAGAAGGCUUCUGGCUUCCUGUGUGGCUAGCACAGACCCCACUGGGAGUGGAUUCCACCCCUGUUCCUUCUGGCUGGCUUAGAGAGGAGACAGGGGAGUCAAGGCCAAGGGACCGGGUGUUCUGGCAGAAUGGUCAGGAGUCCCCAGCCAGAGGAGAAGCAAGCAUGUUGGCCCUGGGGUGCAUGCUCCCAGCCGAGGCUGCCAGCAGGUUUGUUUUUGCUCUUGGCCUAACUCCGUAAUACAUCCAUCUCCCAACAAACCCAAUAUUCGCGGAGCCCUACCCCGUGCCAGCCAGGACAGACAGAGCCUAAGGUAACAAGCACACAGUCACUCAGAGGGCAGCGUAUCCUCUGCCUAAGUAAGAUGGACAUGGAAAGAGCUCUGGAGAAGGCUGAGGGCUGCAGAAUGGGUGUGCUUCUCUGGGAGGGGGCCCUGGAAGGAAGCCCUCCUGGAAGAGGACCAAGGGACUCCCCUUGCAAAGAUCUAGAAAUUCAAGCAGGAAGCUACAGAAGCUUGGAGCUCCUGAGUGCAGUCCCUCGGUGCAAGUGAAAGAUGAGUUUGCCUGAGCUCUGAGACUGAUCUUUCUCAUUAACGAGAAGGGAUUUUCUUCAAGUUCUUGGCCUUCUUGAACAGUUUUCAUCUGUUCAAUGGCCACAGUGCAGUAAUGGCUACCCACAUCUGUGCACACGUAU